AUGUUGGUAACUCAGCAGGUUAAGCGUGUUCUGCAGACCCAGCUGUCUCCUCCUCCCCCUCCUCCUCCUCCUCCUCCUCCUCUCUGGGCCACCCUCUCAUUGGGCUUUCUCUCUUCCCACACAGCACCUGGAACCCAAAAAUGUUGUCCCUUCGAUUGGUACCCUUACAGUGGGUUUUGCUACAAGAUCUUCAAUGAACAAGUGGACUGGAACACUGCAGAGGGGCUCUGUGAGAACCACAAGACAGGCUGCCAUCUUGCCUCCUUCCGUGAAGCGGAGGCAGUGGCCUUGGCCCAGUACUUCCGAUAUCUCAAAAGUGAUGUCUUUGUCUGGAUCGGACUGUGGGAUCCAUCAAAACACAGAAAGUGGCAGUGGAGUGACGGCUCCAACACCAACUACACCACCUGGAAUGAAGGAGAACCCAACAACAUUGGGGCCAAUGAACACUGCACUGAUGUGUGGGCCAGUUCAGGGUAUCUCAAGUGGAAUGAUGAGAACUGCAAAUCCUGGCAUGCUUUCCUCUGCAAGUUCCCACUCCAGCCCCCAAGUGAUGGAGGCACCCCAUCAAGCUUGGAGAGGGAAUGA